AUGGACGGCGUGAUUGCUGGCAAGUGGAGUGUGGCAUAUCCCAGUCUACAGGAGACGGAAGUGGUGAAUGGAAAGCCUGGGGACAAUGGACCAGGCGCCGUAAUGAUUCUGGGUACACGAUCGAACUCUCCGAUGGGGUUCUUAGCCGAUGGAUUCAAAGAAGUUGGGGAUCGAUUCCGUGAUAUGAUAGCACAACUUGAAGAAACGAGAGAAGAGAGCGGCUUGAUGGGUAUGUCAUCAUGGAUCAGCGCUGGAGAACGAUCUUCACGCAACGAAUACGCUACGAUAAGCUACUGGCGGUCCGUCGAAGAUAUCCAUCGUUUUGCGCUAUCUCAAAUCCACAAGGAUACGUGGCAAUGGUGGAACGACACAGCCAAGAAACACAAACAUAUCGGUAUUAUGCACGAAAUAUUUGCCUUGCCCGAGCGCUCCGGCUGGGAAGGGAUUUAUGUAAAUUAUCAACUAACCGGCUUGGGUGCAACUACUCGCCCUGUCCGGAACAAGGAAUCUGGUGAGGCAAUGUGGAUAAAUCCAAUUGUGGAUGCCAGCAGGGGUGUAUACAGGACUAGCCGUGGCAGAAUGUCCAAAGGAGAUCCUGAUGGGAAAGGAUCAACAGCGAUGCCAAAGGACCCCGACGUCUAUAACAGGGUUUAA